CCUCGACAAAACAGUAUCCUGUGCUUGACUUGUCCGACUGCUUCAUCCUCCCUUUAUUCUCUCCCCUCAGCGUCUAUCUUGUUGACUCUGAGGACCUGCUUUCGCCACCGCCAACAUGGGUCUCGCCAUCUCGAAGUUGUUCGACAGACUAUGGGGAAAGAAGGAGAUGCGAAUUCUGAUGGUCGGUCUUGACGCUGCCGGAAAGACCACCAUCCUGUACAAGCUCAAACUCGGUGAAAUCGUCACCACCAUCCCCACAAUCGGCUUCAACGUCGAGACCGUCGAAUACAAGAACAUUCAAUUCACCGUCUGGGAUGUCGGUGGUCAGGACAAGAUCCGUCCUCUCUGGAGGCACUACUUCCAGAACACCCAGGGUAUCAUCUUCGUCGUCGACAGCAACGAUCGCGACCGUAUUGUCGAGGCCCGGGAAGAACUGCAACGCAUGUUGAACGAGGAUGAGCUCCGUGAUGCCCUUUUGCUUGUUUUCGCCAACAAGCAAGAUUUGCCCAACGCCAUGAGCCCCGCCGAGAUCACCCAGCAGCUCGGUCUUCAGAGCCUCACUCGUCGCCCCUGGUACAUCCAAUCUACCUGCGCCACCACCGGAGACGGUCUGUACGAAGGACUUGAAUGGCUUGCCGAGACGCUGCGGAAGACUGGCCGCGACUAAUUGCGGUAGUUGUGAUGAAUGGAUAGAUACCUGAACUUUUGACUGGGAGUUGGGGAUGAUGGAUGGGGAACUGGGGGCCGACGGACACCUCGUAUAGGGAAGUGAUGUGAUGUGCUACUCGGUGGUGCUUGUAUGUUUCCUAACGGCUCUUUAUUUUCUCUAUGCUAUUAGCUUUCCUUUUUCUCUCUUCCCUCUAAUCCCGGCGUUGGCCCGAACGAUCGAUUAUCCUUUGCACUUGAAAAAUCGUCCUCUUCUCUUUCUAUUGCCAAACAUCUUUUCAUAUUGUCUUAUCCCCACCUUUCUCCCUUCGUGGUUGAAAUAAAGCUAGCACUGAUCGAGGAGUGUAUAUUUUGGCAUGUGUAGUAGGACUUGUAUAUCGCUUGCUCGAGAUGAAGGGCCCUUGUUAUGUCUUAAAUAGAAAUUGCUUUUACGAU